AUGGCGGCAGCAAACGCCCCCAUCACCAUGAAGGAGGUCCUCACGCUUCCUAGCGUUGGGAUCAAUCAGCAGUUCAUCACGUUUACAAAUGUGACUAUGGAGUCUGACAAGUAUAUAUGUGUGCGAGAGACGGCUCCACAAAACAGUGUUGUAAUUAUUGAUAUGAAUAUGCCUAUGCAGCCUCUGAGGAGGGCUAUUACUGCAGAUUCUGCUCUUAUGAACCCUAACUCAAGGAUCCUUGCCUUGAAAGCUCAAGUUCCAGGAACUACUCAGGAUCAUUUACAGAUAUUUAACAUCGAAGCAAAAUCAAAGCUGAAAUCACAUCAGAUGCCUGAGCAGGUUGCGUUUUGGAAGUGGAUUACACCCAAGAUGUUGGGGCUGGUCACACAAAACUCCGUGUAUCAUUGGUCUAUUGAAGGUUAUGAUUCUGAGCCAGUAAAGAUGUUUGAUAGAACGGCCAACUUGGCAAAAAAUCAAAUUAUUAACUACAAGUGCUCUCCUAAUGAGAAGUGGUUGGUUUUAAUUGGAAUUGCUCCUGGCCCUCCUGAGAGAGCACAACUGGUAAAAGGAAAUAUGCAGCUUUUUUCUUUGGAUCAACAGCGGAGCCAGGCCCUUGAAGCACACGCUGCCUCAUUUUCUCAGUUUAAGGUCCCUGGAAACGAAAAUCCUUCUAUCCUUAUAUCCUUUGCAAGCAAGAGCUUUAAUGCUGGGCAGAUAACAUCAAAGUUGCACGUCAUUGAGCUUGGUGCUCAACCCGGAAAACCAUCAUUUACAAAAAAGCAAGCGGAUCUCUUUUUCCCCCCAGAUUUUGCUGAUGAUUUCCCUGUUGCCAUGCAGGUCUCUCACAAGUUUAGCUUGAUAUAUGUCAUCACCAAGCUUGGCUUGUUGUUUGUGUACGAUCUAGAAACUGCUUCUGCUGUCUACAGAAAUCGAAUAAGUCCAGACCCAAUUUUCUUGACUUCUGAAGCCUCUUCAGUUGGGGGUUUCUAUGCUAUUAAUAGGCGAGGACAAGUUCUUUUGGCGACAGUAAACGAGGCUACUAUAAUACCUUUUAUUAGUGGUCAAUUGAACAAAUUGGAGCUUGCUGUCAAUCUUGCUAAAAGAGGAAACCUCCCUGGUGCAGAAGAGCUGGUUGUCGAGCGGUUCAAAGAGCUGUUCGCUCAAACGAAGUACAAAGAGGCUGCUGAGCUUGCUGCUGAAUCUCCUCAGGGAAUUCUAAGGACACCUGAUAUAGUGGCCAAAUUCCAGAGUGUUCCGGUACAAGCUGGGCAAACUCCUCCGUUGUUACAGUAUUUUGGGACUCUUUUAACUAAAGGAAAGCUCAAUUCAUAUGAGUCACUGGAACUAUCUCGACUUGUUGUGAAUCAAAACAAGAAGAACCUCCUGGAAAACUGGUUAGCAGAGGAUAAGUUAGAAUGCAGUGAAGAACUGGGAGACCUUGUCAAGGCUAAGUACACACCUGAUUACCUGUUUCUUCUGCAAACCAUACUCCGUACGGAUCCUGAGGGAGCAGUAAGUUUUGCAUUAAUGAUGUCUGAAAUGAAAGGAGGUUGUCCAGUUGACUUCAACACUAUCACUGACCUUUUUCUCCAGAGAAAUCUGAUCCGAGAAGCUACUAAAUUUCUUUUGGUUGUGCUGAAGCCAAAUUUACCUGAGCAAGCAUUUCUGCAAACUAAGGUUCUGGAGAUCAAUUUGGUAACCUUUCCUAAUGUGGCUGAGGCGAUUUUAGCAAAUGGGAUGUUCAGCCACUAUGACCGGCCUCGUGUUGCUCAACUUUGUGAAAAGGCUGGACUUUAUAUCCAAUCCUUAAAGGAGGUUGAGCGUGUGACUAGAGAGUCUAACUUCUAUGAUGCUGAAAAGACAAAGAACUUUUUGAUGGAAGCUAAGCUUCCUGAUGCCCGACCUUUGAUAAAUGUCUGCGACCGUUUCGGCUUUGUGCCUGAUCUUACUCACUACCUCUACACAAACAACAUGCUUCGUUACAUUGAAGGUUACGUUCAGAAGGUGAAUCCUGGGAAUGCCCCCUUAGUUGUGGGGCAGUUGCUUGAUGACGAAUGCCCAGAAGAUUUUAUAAAAGGCCUCAUUAUCUCUGUUCGUUCAUUGCUUCCUGUUGAACCUCUUGUUGAGGAAUGUGAGAAGAGAAAUCGACUCCGUCUCCUCACUCAAUUCUUGGAGCAUCUAGUUAGUGAAGGAAGCCAAGAUGUGCAUGUCCAUAAUGCCUUGGAGCAGGUAUCCGCUGCUGUUCAAGCAUUCAUGACCGCUGAUUUGCCGCACGAGCUUAUUGAGCUUCUUGAAAAGAUAGUGCUUCAAAACUCUGCCUUCAGUGGAAACUUCAAUCUGCAAAAUCUGCUUAUAGAAACAGCUAUAAAGGCAGACCCAUCUAGAGUUAUGGAUUACAUUAAUAGGCUGGACAAUUUCGAUGGACCUGCUGUUGGAGAAGUGGCAGUUGAAGCCCAAUUGUAUGAGGAAGCAUUUGCUAUUUUCAAGAAGUUUAACUUAAAUGUUCAGGCUGUCAACGUAUUGCUGGAUAACGUCAAAAGCAUUGAGCGUGCUGUUGAGUUUGCUUUCCGGGUCGAAGAAGAUUCUGUUUGGGGCGAAGUUGCAAAGGCUCAACUCAGGGAAGGACUAGUCAGUGAUGCAAUUGAGUCCUUUAUCCGUGCUGAAGAUGCCACGCAUUUCUUGGAGGUCAUACGUGCUGCUGAAGAUGCUAAUGUCUAUGAUGACUUGGUCAAAUACCUUCUGAUGGUUAGACAGAAGGUGAAGGAGCCAAAGGUUGACAGUGAGCUCAUCUAUGCAUAUGCAAAGAUUGAUAGGUUAGGUGAGAUUGAAGAAUUCAUUCUGAUGCCAAACGUUGCUAACCUACCAAAUGUUGGUGAUCGCCUGUAUGACGAAGCCCUGUAUGAGGCUGCAAAAAUAAUCUAUGCGUUCAUAUCAAACUGGGGCAAGUUAGCUGUCACGCUUGUGAAGUUGCAACAGUUCCAAGGUGCUGUCGACGCUGCAAGGAAAGCAAACAGUGCAAAGACAUGGAAGGAAGUCUGCUUUGCUUGUCUUGAUGCAGAGGAAUUCCGGUUGGCUCAGAUCUGUGGCCUUAACGUUAUCAUUCAGGUGGAUGACCUGGAAGAAGUCAGCGAGUUCUACCAGAACAGAGGGUACUUCAAUGAAUUAAUCUCACUUAUGGAGAGUGGACUUGGGCUGGAGCGUGCUCACAUGGGUAUCUUCACUGAGUUGGGUGUACUCUAUGCUAGAUAUCGCUAUGAGAAACUUAUGGAACACAUUAAGUUAUUCGCCACUCGCCUCAAUAUCCCCAAGCUUAUACGGGCCUGUGAUGAACAACAGCACUGGCAGGAACUUACUUAUCUCUUCAUACAAUAUGAUGAGUUUGAUAAUGCUGCGACCACUGUGAUGAACCACUCUCCUGAAGCAUGGGAGCACAUGCAAUUCAAAGACAUUGUUGCCAAGGUUGCAAAUGUCGAGCUGUACUACAAGGCUGUGCAUUUCUACUUACAGGAGCAUCCUGAUUUAAUCAACGAUCUUCUCAACGUGCUUGCGUUGCGGUUAGAUCACACUCGUGUUGUUGAUAUUAUGCGGAAGGCUGGCCAGUUGCUUCUUAUCAAGCCGUACAUGGUUGCAGUUCAGAGUAACAAUGUCUCUGCUGUUAAUGAAGCUCUGAAUGAGAUAUACGUGGAAGAAGAAGACUAUGAUAGGUUGCGCGAGUCUAUUGAUUUACAUGACAGUUUUGACCAGAUAGGUCUCGCUCAGAAGAUCGAGAAACACGAGCUUGUUGAAAUGAGACGUGUGGCUGCUUAUAUCUACAAGAAAGCGGGUAGAUGGAAGCAAUCAAUUGCUUUGUCAAAGAAAGAUAACAUGUACAAAGACUGUAUGGAAACUGCUUCACAAUCCGGCGAACAUGACCUUGCAGAACAACUGUUGGUUUACUUCAUUGAACAGGGCAAAAAGGAAUGCUUUGCGACAUGUCUCUUUGUAUGUUAUGAUUUAAUCCGACCAGAUGUUGCUCUAGAACUUGCCUGGAUCCACAACAUGAUCGACUUUGCCUUCCCGUAUCUCCUCCAGUUUAUUCGAGAGUACUCGGGCAAAGUGGAUGAGCUAAUCAAGGACAAGCUGGAGGCACAAAAAGAGGUGCAGGCCAAAGAGCAGGAAGAUAAGGAUGUCAUGUCCCAACAGAACAUGUACGCCCAAUUAUUGCCACUUGCUUUACCGGCACCACCGAUGCCAGGAAUGGGAGGUGGUGGUGGGUAUGGUCCGCCACAACCAAUGGGAGGAAUGCCGGGAAUGCCACCAUAUGGAAUGCCACCAAUGGGUGGCUACUAACUGGAAAGUUAACAGAAACCCAUAGGCCGUGUUCGCUUACUUCAUGUCUCUAUUGCUAGAAUUUGACUGGGUUAGUGAAAGGUGUAGUGUAACUGCAAAUAGUGUUCUCCUUGUAGUUUAUAUAAGCUGUAUGGAUAGGAUACUGUCGUUGUAAUAGUCUUCGAGAAUUAGUUGGAGUCUUUUUUUUUUUUC